CCGAUCCGGCCGCCCUGUGGGGUUCGGGGUUGGUCCCCGGGGAUCCAUUUUUGGGGUUCGAUUUUCGGUUCCCUCCGCGCGCAGGCGGGCUAGAUUCUUGGCGGGGCUGCCCCGGGGGAGGGGAUGGAUUUGGCGUCGGUCAACGAGGAGCUCGCCGAGAUCGACGGGCAGAUCGGCGACAUCUUCCGCGCAUUGCAAAAUGGGUUCCAGAAGCUGGACAAGAUCAAGGAUGCCAACCGCCGGAGCAGGCAGCUCGAAGAGCUCACGGACAAGAUGCGGGAUUGCAAAAGGCUUAUCAAAGACUUUGAACGAGUUAUGAAAGACGAGACGGCCAAUGUUGAUCCCAACACUGCUAGAAUGCUGAACGAUAGAAAGCAGUCGCAGAUCAAGGAACUGAACUCUUAUGUUGCUCUGAAGAAACAACAUGCAAGUGAAAAUAAGCGAGUUGAUCUUUUUGAUGCUCCUACUGAAGAUGGCUUUGGUGAAGAAAAUGUGUUGUUAGCAUCAAAUAUGACAAACCAGCAGCUAAUGCAACAGGGAGACAGUCUAAUGGAUGAGACUGACCAAGCUCUCGCACGAUCUAAGCAGACCGUGCAAGAGACGAUCAAUGUGGGUACAGAAACUGCAGCUGCUCUGAAAGCACAGACAGAGCAAAUGAGCAGGGUUGUUAAUGAGCUAGAUUCCAUCCAUUUCUCCCUGAAAAAGGCAUCAAAAUUGGUGAAAGAAAUUGGUAGACAGGUUGCGACCGAUAAGUGCAUCAUGGCGCUACUUUUUCUCAUUGUGGCUGGAGUCAUAGCUGUAAUAAUUGUUAAGAUUGUAAACCCACACAACAAGGAUAUUCCGAAUAUCCCUGGACUCGCUCCACCGGUUGGUAGAAGGCUACUGUCUAUUGUAGAGGGCAAGUGAGUUUCCAUACAUGUGUAAAAAAUUGACGAGGCGUCGCGUGAAGUUCCUUGAAUCAUGUGGCAGAGAGUGUUGUAAACUUGUAAUGUUGUACCCACGGGAUCCAUAUGCAAAACCAGAGGUUACAAAACCAAAACAGUGUAAAAUUGUAUGUUCUUACUCUCCUGGCAAGCAAGCGGGUUUUGUUUUGGCAAGGACCAAGUUUCCUGUGAACAUUCACAUCUGUAUUUUACCCGAACUAUCAGACCGCUAAGAGUGCAUCAGCAUAUGGAAA